CCGCCGCCUCAGUCGGCCGGGAGCGACCGCCGGCGCGCGUCACGCGCCGCGAUGGUCAACACGAGCUGCGCGGUCUUCCGCUGCGGCUCGACAUCGCACAAGCACAGAGGAGUCAGGUUCCAUCAAUUCCCGAGGGAUGAAAGGUGCUUAAUAUGGAUUCAAGCAUGCAAGAGGGACGAUUUAAAAGGUAAAGACGCUGAACAGCUUCGCCACAUGCAUAUUUGCAGCUUGCAUUUUGAGCAGCGUAUGUACGGGAAGCAACUUUUGAAAAAAUCGGCAGUACCCACGCUGAACCUCCCCGCCACUUUGACCAGCGACAGCUCCACACAAACCGAGAAUUAUAACUAUGCACCGUUGCAGGUGUGCACCAGCCAGGGCGUGCAAACGGAUGAUGAAGUAUUUUAUGUCGUGUCCGGAACAGAAACGCCGGCAGCGCUCCCUAUAAACCAGCACUAUUAUCAUAACGACCAAAGAAAUGACUACGCAAAAGAUAGCCAUCGGAGUCAGAUGAAUGUCGUGGAAGACAAUUCUAAUUUUAUAACGAUGGAGCAAUUUCUGAUGGGAUGCGACGCGUUCUUACCGGACGGCCUGAACGCUUUGAUCAAAUCUCACAUCACGUUAUCCAUCGAAUAUAAUGAUAGCAAUUUGCUAUCGUAAAAACUACGCACUGUGCAGCUAUUCUGUAAGAGCAACCUCGGAACUCCAUUCGGAACACGAUCGUGAGAUGUCAGUAAGUGAUAUGCGACAUUGGCUUAAUGUACCGUUUCAAGGACCAUAAUAGUAUCAACAUCGGUUUUCGAUAUUUCACGAGUGAAAUACGAAGUGAGUUCUUAAAGAAUAGCGCGGCAAAUAUUUAAAGAUUAUUGUAUUUGUUAUGAGUGUUAUCGUUACCUCGUUUUAAUUGCAUUUAUAUUAAAUGGUUUUAAAGUUUAAUUCCAAAUUAAUUGUUUGUUUGUAAUUAAAGUACUGAAUAAUUUUUGUCAUUGCGUCAACGAAAUAUCAUCAAUGUUACUAAUUAACUACUGUUGUAAGAGUUACCUAUUUAUUUUAGAUUUACUUAGAAUUACGAAACCUAUUUUUAUUUAUGAUCUCGUAACGAAAAUUUAAAGAAAUAACGAUAUUGUUUAACAAUAAAACUGUCAUUUGUAGUUGAUUUGGUUUUGACAUUAAAACUUAACGGUCUUCAAAUUACUUGUCUGAAAAAAACAAUCCAAAUAUUUUGAAAAAUAAUCGUAAAAACACUAUAUAGAUGAGUCUGGCAGUAAUAUCAAGAAAGAAAAUACAAAAGUUUUAGAUUUCUUUAUGUAUGGUUUUGACAAAGUAUCUUAGCAACGUCAAUGCUCAAAACUGUUAUACGUUGUGUAUGUAUGUGUGUAUAACUUAAGUGAUACGUUUAUUGAA